AGAAAAAGCCACGCUUCCCACGCCUAUAUUUAUCCGUGUCCGCCCGACGCUAGGAAAACCUAAGACGAAAUAGGAAGGGAGUAUUUAACAGAGGUUGGAUCCAGAGCGCUCAAACAGACUUGGGAACCUCUUGGCGUCGGAGCUUCGAGGCUUCCGAAAGAUCUCCUCGUUGGCGCACCGGAGAUAGUGUUAAAUCCGGGAAAAGAUGAGCGUUGUCGGUUUCGAUGUCGGAAAUGAGAGCUGCAUUGUUGCAGUCGCUCGGCAACGCGGCAUCGAUGUGGUUCUCAAUGAUGAAUCCAAGCGAGAGACUCCAGCGAUCGUGUGCUUCGGUGAGAAGCAGCGGUUCAUUGGGACUGCUGGAGCCGCAUCCUCUAUGAUGAAUCCCAAGAACUCUAUCUCCCAGAUAAAGCGUCUGGUGGGCCGGAAAUUCUCUGAUCCCGAGCUCCAGAGGGACCUGCAGUCCCUCCCCUUCUUGGUGACCGAAGGUGCUGACGGGUUCCCUCUGAUCCAUGCUAGGUACCUCGGGGAACAAAGGACCUUUACUCCGACCCAAGUUCUUGCAAUGGUUCUUUCUAAUCUGAAGAGCAUCGCCGAGAAGAAUCUUAGUGCGGCGGUUGUGGAUUGCUGCAUUGGUAUCCCGGUAUAUUUUACUGAUCUUCAGAGAAGGGCUGUUUUGGAUGCUGCUGCUAUUGCCGGAUUGCGUCCUCUCCGGUUGUUCCAUGAGACCACGGCAACUGCUUUGGCAUAUGGUAUCUACAAGACAGACUUGCCCGAGAAUGACCAGCUCAAUGUGGCGUUUGUUGACGUUGGUCAUGCAAGCAUGCAGGUCUGCAUUGCCGGCUAUAAGAAGGGGCAGCUGAAGAUUUUGGCCCAUGCUUAUGAUCGGUGUCUUGGUGGGAGAGAUUUUGAUGAGGCCCUCUUUAAGCACUUUGCUUCUAAAUUCAAGGAGGAGUACAAGAUUGAUGUUUACCAGAAUGCUCGUGCCUGCCUUAGACUCAGGACAGCAUGCGAGAAGCUGAAGAAGAUGCUGAGUGCAAACCCUGAGGCACCGCUGAAUAUUGAGUGCUUGAUGGAUGAAAAGGAUGUGAGGGGUUUCAUUAAGAGGGAGGAGUUUGAGCAGAUCAGCAUCCCAAUAUUGCAGCGGGUCAAGGGACCAUUGGAGAAGGCACUUCUGGAAACUGGGCUGAGCACGGAAAGUAUUCAUGCAGUUGAGGUUGUUGGAUCAGGGUCUCGUGUUCCAGCUAUUAUUAAGAUAUUGACGGAGUUUUUUGGAAAGGAGCCUAGACGUACCAUGAAUGCGAGUGAAUGUGUUGCCCGGGGUUGUGCCCUUCAAUGUGCCAUUCUCAGCCCCACAUUCAAAGUGCGGGAAUUUCAGGUUCAUGACAGCUUUCCUUUCCCAAUUGCCUUGUCAUGGAAAGGAUCUGCCCCAGACUCGCAGAAUAGUGCAACAGAAAACCAGCAGAGUUCAAUUGUAUUUCCAAAAGGGAAUCCAAUUCCCAGUGUCAAAGCACUGACAUUCUACAGAUCUAGUACGUUUACAGUUGAUGUGAUGUUUGCCGAUGUGGGUGAUUUGCAAGUUCCAGCAAAGAUUAGUGCAUGCACGAUUGGCCCUUUUCAAUCCAGCAAAGAUGAGCGUGCUAAAUUGAAAGUUAAAGUUCGCCUAAAUAUCCAUGGGAUUCUGACUAUUGAGUCAGCAACUAUGUUGGAGGAGGAAGAAGUUGAAGUUCCAGUAUCAGCUGCAAUGGAGCCUCCAAAGGAGGCUACCAAGAUGGAGACAGAUGAAACAAGUGACUCGUCCAGAACUGAAGCCGAUGUAAAUAUGCAGGAUGCUAAAACUGCAGCAACAGAUAACUCUGGUUCUGGGGUCGAAAAUGGUGCGCCUGAGGCUGAGGGAAAACCUGCGCAGAUGGAAACUGAUGCUAAGGUUGAGGUUCCAAAAAAGAAGGUGAAGAAAACAAAUGUUCCAGUUUCUGUACUGGUUUAUGGUGGAGUGUCGGCCGAAGAUUUGCAAAAAGCAGUUGAGAAGGAGUUUGAAAUGGCUCUUCAAGACAGGGUAAUGGAAGAAACCAAAGACAAAAAGAAUGCUGUUGAAGCAUACGUUUACGACAUGCGAAACAAGCUUUAUGAAAAGUAUCAGGAUUUCGUGACAGCAACAGAGAAGGAUGAGCUUAUUGCAAAGCUUCAGGAGGUCGAGGACUGGUUGUAUGAAGAUGGUGAGGAUGAGACAAAGGGUGUUUAUGUUGCUAAGCUUGAGGAACUCAAAAAGCAAGGCGACCCUAUUGAAGAACGGUACAAGGAGUGGACAGAGAGAGGUCCUAUCAUUGAUCAACUUGUCUACUGUAUCAAUAGUUUUAGAGAGGCCGCCUUGUCCAAAGAUCCUAAAUUCGAUCACAUUGACAUAGCAGAUAAGCAGAAGGUCGUUAAUGAAUGUGCUGAAGCAGAAGCCUGGUUAAGCGAGAAAAAGCAGCAGCAGGAUGCCUUGCCCAAACAUGCCACUCCUGUUCUUCUUUCUGCAGAUUUGAAGAGAAAGGCUGAAACGCUGGACAGGUUUUGCAGGCCGAUAAUGACAAAGCCAAGGCCGCCUCCAGCCAAGCCGCAGACCCCACCUCCAGCUGAGACACCAGCACAACCUGAAGCCACCGAGCAGGAGCCUCAAGGAGAUGGUGCGCACAUGGCUGAUGAAAGUGGUCAGGCAGUGCCAACUGUGCCCGAGCCAAUGGAUACGGACAAAUCAGAGGGUGUCACAGAUCCUGGAGCAUGAAAAACAUUGUGGUCCUGUGGUUUGCAUUACAUAGAAGCUAUGCUCGUCUUGUCUCAGUUCUGUUGUUUUCUUUUACAGUCUUGCUCUGGAAUAGGUGAGAAGGUCAGGGAUUUCUCCAUAGGUGAUUGAAUAUUUGUGUUUUAAUAUUUGAAUCCACUCCCAUUUUGUAUUAGAGAGGCAAAAUCCAGUUUUUGGAAAGUGGUUUACGGGAGGAAGGGAAUUACAUGCUGAUGGAUUUCGUUUCUCUAUUGUUCGGGGGACAAAAAUUCCGGCUUUUUCUUGGUCAGGACACAUGGGCGUCUCCGUUUCGAUCCACUUCAGUUGUCCGAAGUGGGUCUCAAAUGUGUGGAGAAUCUGGAGAUGCAAUUCAGGAGUCUCUUUUCCAACGCGUCAUUUGUUGUGUUUCUAAUAGUUCUCUUGGUAGACAAUCUGAGUCCAGGAAGGUCGUAUCGGCUGUAUUCCUGCCAUUACCAGUAUUGUCUAUGUUGGCUGACGUUUGUGCUGUUCUGCUGCAAGUCAUACCGUUUUUCAGUUUGC